GUCGCCCCUGUGUUUGAUGUCGUUUGUAAUGAUGAAAAGGGCGCUCGAAAGGAAAGAUACCUGGCCUAUUAGGUUUUACGAUUCAAUGCAAAUCAUACCCAACGGCCUACUGGACGGUACGUUCACCAGCUUUGGCUUAUAUGAGGAAUGCCUGGACAUAGAGAACGAACAGUUCCCGGGGCUUAAAAUGAAGGGUCGGUACUGUUUGGCCAAACGGGAACUGCCGUUUAUGUAUCCCUCACUUAAUAACGAGACGGCCUACCGGUCCACACAUUUGCCCGAUAAUAAUGACAUGAGACUACUGCAGGCAAUGAACUUGCUCAAAAAGACAUACUUGAGGUUCGGGGUGUGUUUCCCAUCCACCUGUUCAGCCAAAGAGAUUAAUAGAGCACUCAAUAGAAUAAUGUCUCCGUCGGGUAAACAAUACGUUGAGAUCGAGAGUGAAUGCAAAGUAAAGGACAGAGAGAUUAAACUCAAUGGCUAUCAACGGACCGCA